AUGUACAUGCGAACGGCAUUCGCAAGGAUAACGAGCGCUCGCCGGGCUGCCGCUGGGGCUGCUCGGGCGGCGAUCGCCACGGCUCCUCCUCUCGCGAGGCCACCGCCAUCGCCGUCAGACCGCUGCCUCACAGCAGCCGCCGGACUUCUUCUAGGUGGCUUCGCUGCGGUGGCGAUUGAUCAGCAAACCAGCGCACUUGCGGACGAGGAUCCUGGGGCAACUCCUCCUCCAGGCACCACCGUCCGCGGAGAGAUGACCAAGAAGUGGUUUUUCUUCAAGGGAAAGCCGAGCACUGCCGAGGGAGUGGAACACCUGCGCAUCUUCGGCGGUAGCGUCUAUCCCGAGCUCAGCCAGGACGUGUGCAAGCUCCUCGGCAUCGCGGAGGGGAAGAUAAACCUGGGAAGGUACGCUGAUGGGGAGUGCAGCGUGACCAUCGGAGAGACUGUCGUAGGAAAGGACGUGUUCAUCGUCAGCCCGACCCACUCGAACGACAGCCUGGUCGAGAUGCUGCUAACGAUAGCGGCAGCCCGAAGGUCGUCUGCCGAGCGCAUCACGGCCGUGAUUCCGUUCUACGGCUACUCGCGACAGGAUCGGCGCUUUCGGAGAGAGCCCAUCGCCGCCGCCGACGUGGCGCACAUGCUGGAGGCGGCGGGAGUAGACCGCGUCAUCACCAUCGACCUUCACAGUGGACAAGUACAGGGAUUUUUCAAGCCCACCACCCCAGUGGACCACCUAACGCCAAUGGGGGUGGCAGCGGCGUACCUUGGGGAGCUCGUGACGGAGGAGCUCAAGGCCAUGGCCAUCGAAGACCGGGAAGGGAAAGGAGGAGCGGCCGGGACAGGUGGUGGCGCUGUGGCGAAACGAUUAAGCCAGGCGAGGCCAGAGGAGCCAACGAGGAUCGUCGUCGUUGCUCCGCAGGAGGGCCAGGUGGGAAGGGCGAACGCGUUCAAGAGCCGGAUAGAGCAGUACGUGGAAACUGAGACUAACCCGAUAGGACUGGCGUUCAUCGCCCGCAGCAGCACCAAGAAGGAGGACGAGGAAGAGGAGGUGCACAAGCACUGCAUCGGGGAUGUCAAAGGGAACGAUUGGCCAUCGGUAACCGGUCCUGUGGGAACAAUGCUCCGUCCUCUCGAGGACGCGUGGUCAAUGGUCUAACCGCUAAGGCAUGCAAAACAUAAGAGUACGCC